AUGUCACUGUUCGAGUCUUAUGAGAAACAGUAUGGAAAUCUGACUAGCGACAUAACAUUCAAGCUAGGAAAAAUUCCCCAGUUAAGUGGUGGUGAAAGGGCGAAAGAAGUACAUGAUGUGUCAAUACUUUUUGACGAGACAAAGGAGUUAAUUGAACAGAUGUCUCUGGAAGUUCAGGAAAUGCGAUCUGACAUCCGUCCCAAAUUUCAAAAUAGGCUUGAGUGUUACCGAAAAGAAUUAGGAAAACUCACGACAGAAUUCCGGCGACCGCGGUAUGCCGUUCGGCGCCCUGACCAUAAGGAUUCACGCGGUUCCGAUGAUGAGGACAAUUUACACGAAGAGGUUUUGUUUGAUACAGACAUGAGAGCUCAACUUCUGAACAACACUGAACGAAUAUCUCGGACUACUACCAAAUUGGAAGAUGGUGUGCGAGUUGCUUUGGAAACAGAAGAAGUAGGUGGUCAUAUACUACAAGACUUAAGCGAGCAACGAGAAAAACUUCAAAGAAGUAGAGACAGGCUUCGUCAGGCAGAUUCUGAUCUGAAAAAGAGCUCUCGAAUACUUUCAGUAAUGACUCGCAGAAUUCUUCAAAACAAAUUCCUUCUAAUCACUGUGAUAUUUCUGAUUGUGUUAAUAUUUUUCUUAACCAUAUAUCUGGUCACCCGUCGUGCGACAACACACGCGAACUCGUCUUCUGCUACAAUAAACUCAUCUCACCCAUGA